UGUCUAAUAGAGUGGACAGUGAGUGGAAAACUCCAGCAGCACUGCUGCGUCUGAUCCACCGAGUUUUAUUUAUGCUCUGAGAUUAAUAGUUAAUGUUGAAUUACUACAUUAAUUACUGCUCUGUUAUCAUUUCAGGUUCUCACACGAUAAAGUUUUUAAAUGUUUGGUUGUUUUUUCCUCCAUUUCUGUGUUAUUUUGGUCUUUAAGUGAAUUAAACUCAACUGUAAGACUACAUGACUGAUAAUCUGAUAGUUUACUUCAACAGAAUCUCUCACAGAACCACACACAGUCCUGCUCAGAUUAAAGUACUGAUAUUUAAAGAAAAAAAAAAGAUAAAAUACUAAAUAAAUUUGAAAAAUAAAUACUAAAUAAACUAAAAACUAAAUACGUUUUUUUUUUUAAAUGCUGGUACAAAAUUGCAGUACAGAUCAUUUCUUGUGGAAAUGUUGCAGUUAUAAUGUGUAGAUCUGAUGAGUAGAUACUUUAUUACUCCUACAAAUUGGAGUCCAUUUAAUCUACUACUUUAAACGCUUCUACUCCACGUUUUCUAUGAAAAUUUAACUGAAGGAUUUUGUCUCUGUCUGUCUCUUCUUCAGUCUCCUCCUCAUUUCUCUCUCUCCACCCUUUUCUCUAUGACACAUGCAGAACCAGGAAGCCACUCCUACUCAGUUCAGAGGAAACGAAACUGAUCUCAGAGAGCUGCUCUCUCUCAGGCUCAGGAAAAUGGCAGAGGCCAGUAUUUCAGUGGAUCAGGACCAGUUCAGCUGUCCAGUCUGUCUGGAUCUGCUGAAGGAACCAGUGACGACCCCAUGUGGACACAGUUUCUGUAUGGUGUGUAUUAAUGGCUACUGGGAUCAGGAUGAUCAGCGGGGGGUCUACAGCUGCCCCCAGUGCAGAGAGACCUUCACUCCAAGGCCUGUUCUACGCAGAAACAACAUGCUGGCUGAAGUGGUGGAGAAACUGAAGAAGACAGAACUCCAAGCUGCUUCUCCUGCUCACUGUUACGCUGGACCUGGAGAUGUGGAGUGUGAUUACUGCACUGGGAGGAAACGCAAAGCCAUCAAGUCCUGUUUGGUGUGUCUGGCUUCUUAUUGUGAAACUCAUCUUAAACCUCACUAUCAGUCUCCUGCCUUUAAGAAGCACAAGCUGGUCGAAGCCUCCAAACAGCUACAAGAGAAGAUCUGCCCUCAACAUGAUGAAGUGAUGAAGAUCUACUGUCGUACUGACCACAGCUGCAUCUGCUAUUUAUGUACGAUGGAGGAACACAAAGGCCACGAUACAGUCUCAGCUGCAGCAGAGAGGAGGGAGAAACAAAGUCGUCUAAAGAGGGUGCAAAGAAAGUCCCAGCAGAGACUCCAGGAGAAAGAGAAGAAGCUGCAGGAGGUGAAACAGGCUGUGAAGACUCUUAAGAGCUCUGCACAGGCAGCAGUGGAGGACAGUGAGAGGAUCUUUACUGAGCUGAUCCGCUCCAUUGAGAAAAAGCGCUCUGAGGUAACAGAGCUGAUCAGAGCUCAGGAGGAGGCUGAACUGAGUGGAGCUGAAGAACUCCUGGAGCAACUGGAACAGGAGAUUGCUGAUCUAAAGAUGAGAGACACUGAGCUGGAACAGCUUUCACACACAGAGGAUCACAUCCAUUUCCUACAGAGUUUCCAGUCUCUCUGUGUCUCUUCUGGAUCUGAGGACUCACCCAGCAUCACGGUCCAUCAACAUCUCUCAUUUGAUGGAGUGAGGAAAUCUCUCUCUGAUCUGAAAGAGAGACUAGAGGAAUUCUGCAAGCAGGAAUUCAGUAAAAUCUCUCCACAUGUUGCAGCAGUUCAGAUGAUUUUACCCUCAGAUCCAACAAAUAAAGAAUAUUUUCUACAGUAUUUCUGUCAUCUGACUCUGGAUCCCAACACAGUGCAGCGUUACCUCAGUCUGUCUGAGAAGAACAGAGUGGUGAUGCACAGUAAGACAUUCCAGCGUUACUCUGAUCAUCCAGAGAGAUUUGACUGCUGGAAGCAGGUGCUGAGUAAGGAGAGUGUGAGUGGACGCUGUUACUGGGAGGUUGAGUGCAGUAAAGGAUUAUGCCUGUACAUCUCAGUCUCAUAUAAAGGGAUCAGCAGGAAAGGACGAGGUGAUGAGAGCUGGUUUGGACACAACAGUCAGUCCUGGAGUCUGCGGUGUUCUUCCUCUCUCUCUUUCUGGCACAACAAUAUUGAGACUGAGCUCUCAGCCACAUUAUCCUCCAGAAUAGGAGUAACCAGGAAGCCACUCCUACUCAGUUCAGAGGACACAAAACUGAUCUCAGAGAGCUGCUCUCUCUCAGUCUGUGAGUGCAGGAAAAUGGCAGAGGCCAGUAUUUCAGUGGAUCAGGACCAGUUCAGCUGUCCAGUCUGUCUGGAUCUGCUGAAGGAUCCAGUAACGACUCCCUGUGGACACAGUUUCUGUAUGGUGUGUAUUAAUGGCUGCUGGGAUCAGGAGGAUCAGAGGGGGGUCUACAGCUGCCCCCAGUGCAGAGAGACCUUCACUCCAAGGCCUGUUCUACGCAGAAACAACAUGCUGGCUGAAGUGGUGGAGAAACUGAAGAAGACAGAACUCCAAGCUGCUUCUCCUGCUCACUGUUACGCUGGACCUGGAGAUGUGGAGUGUGAUUUCUGCACUGAGAGAAAACGCAAAGCCAUCAAGUCCUGUUUGGUGUGUGUAGCGUCUUUUUGUGAAGCUCAUCUUAAACCUCAUCUGGAAAUUCCAGCCUUGAUCAAACACAAGUUGGUUACAGCCUCUUCAAAACUACAAGAGAAGGUCUGCUCUCAACAUGAUAAACUGAUCGAGAUCUACUGCCGUACUGACCACAGCUGCAUCUGCUAUUUAUGUAUGAUGGAGGAACACAGAGGCCACGAUGCAGUAGCAGCUUCAGCAGAAAGAAACCAGAAACAGAGUGAAGUCAAAGACAUGCAGAGGAAAUCUCAGCAGAGACUCCAGGAGAAAGAGAAAAUGCUGCAGGAGGUUAAACAGGCUGUGGAGACUCUUAAGAGCUCUGCACAGGCAGCAGUGGAGGACAGUGAGAGGAUCUUUACUGAGCUGAUCCGCUCCAUUGAGAAAAAGCGCUCUGAGGUAACAGAGCUGAUCAGAGCUCAGGAGGAGGCUGAACUGAGUGGAGCUGAAGAACUCCUGGAGCAACUGGAGCAGGAGAUUGCGGAUCUAAAGAGGAGAGACACUGAGCUGGAGCAGCUUUCACACACAGAGGAUCACAUCCAUUUCCUACAGAGUUUCCAGUCUCUCUGUGUCUCUUCUGGAUCUGAGGACUCACCCAGCAUCACUGUCCAUCCAAAUCUCUCAUUUGAUGGAGUGAGGAAAUCUCUCUCUGAUCUGAAAGAGAGACUAGAGGAAUUCUGCAAGCAGGAAUUCAGUAAAAUCUCUCCACAUGUUUCAGCAGUUCAGAUGAUUUUACCCUCAGAGCCAAAAACCAGAGCAGAUUUUCUACAGUAUUUCUGUCGUCUGACUCUGGAUCCCAACACAGUAAAUUACUACCUCAGUCUGUCUGAGGAGAACAGAGUGGUGACGUGCAGUAAAAACAAACAGUGUUACUCUGAUCAUCCAGAGAGAUUUGACUACUGGUAUCAGGUGUUGAGUAAGGAGAGUGUGAGUGGACGCUGUUACUGGGAGGUUGAGUGGAGCAAUAGUAAAGGAUAUGGACUGUACAUAUCAGUCUCAUAUAAAGGGAUCAGCAGGAAAGGACGAGGUAAUGAGUGCAGGUUUGGACACAACAGUCAGUCCUGGAGUCUGCAGUGUUCUCCCUCUCUCUCUUUCUAUCACAACAACAUUCAGACUGAGAUCUCAGCCUCAUCAUCCUCCAGAAUAGGAGUGUAUGUGGAUCACAGUGCAGGAACUCUGUCCUUCUACAGCGUCUCUGACACAAUGACCCUCCUACACACAGUCCACACCACAUUCACUCAGCCUCUCUAUGCUGGAUUUGAUUUUGGAAAUUAUGGAUCAGCUGUGAGGUUAUGUGAUCCAAAAUAA